AUGAAUUCAUUACGAGAAUCAAUAUCACGAACCAUCAGCAUUCAUUUCAUAGAGCCAUACAACAGAAUUUUUAGCGGUAAACAAAAUCUGUCUUUUACUUUGGUUAUAAUCUUCGUUUCGACAGCAUUCAUUUUUGUCAGGAACAAGAAGAGUAUUAUGGAAAAUAUCAGAGGGGCCACAAGAAACUUCAAUCAAAAUGGAACGUUUCGUCGUUGGAUGCCAAGAAUUGGACAGAUGGACCCUCGCGUGCUUGAAAAAGGUGGAUAUAUUGCAGGCUUACUCAAUGAUGGUAAUACGUGCUUCAUGAACUCUGUUAUUCAAUCUCUUGCAUCAUCAACAGAGUUAAUGUCGUUUCUAGAUCAAGAAAUCCAAACGAAGGAAAAUAUGCAAUCCGAACUCACAGUUGAGUGUGAGACUACCGAUGAAUCGCUGGACACUACUAGUGAUAAUAGUAAUUCGAAUCAAAAAAAGUCAAAGAAUAAAGUAUAUGGUAGAAGCAAACGAAGCACAAAUAAACAAUCUAAAGAAUUGAGUGAAAAAGAAGAAUCGGUUCCAGACUUGUCCUUUACUAUAGCCCUUAAAGAAAUGUUGGAUAAGCUAAACACAAAAUAUUACAAUGAAAAACCUUACUUCAAGACCAAUAAGCUCUUGAAGACAAUGACCAAGACACCGCAUAAGAACAUGUUACUGGGAUACGACCAGGAAGAUGCACAAGAGUUUUUUCAAAACAUUUUGUCCGAACUGGAAAAAAAUGUUAAAUCACUGUAUCAAGAUGAACCAGAUAAAAAGCCCAUCCCAGAGAGUGAAUUGCCUGAUGACGCGUUGAUUGGCCAAGCCCAUUUGAACAAAGUUGGCACAGUUUACAUACCAACCGAGCAAAUCCAGCCUAACAUAAUUUUGGAGGACCAUAAGGAACGCUAUUAUUCCCCUUUCAAACUCAUUACCCCUUUAGAUGGUAUAACAGUCGAAAGGAUCGGGUGUCUUCAAUGUGGUGAAAAUGGUGGUAUAAGAUACUCAGUGACUUCUGGUUUGAGCUUAAAUUUACCUAAUGAUGAUAUGGGGUCCGCAAUAAAGUUAACAGAUCUUUUGAACGAAUGGAUCAAACCUGAAAUAAUUGAUGGAGUUGAGUGUAAUCGCUGUGCAUUGCAAGCCGUUCAUGAGCAUUUACUAGAACAAUUAAAGCAAUAUAAAAGCAAAAAGGAGAAUACGAUUCCAGAAAAGUUGAUAAAGGCUUUUAAAACCAGAAUAGAAGAGCUCGAGGAAAUACUAGCUAAACCUGUUAUUGAUGAUGAAGACUAUAAAAAACUGCAUACAGAAAAUAUGGUACGUAAAUCUUCCAAGUCAAAACAAAUCUUAAUUUCUAGACCACCACCCUUAUUAGCAAUCCAUAUCAAUAGAUCCGUAUUUGACCCUAGGACAUACAUGAUCCGAAAGAAUAAUUCAAAAGUCAUAUUUAAACCAAGACUGAAUUUAUCCCCAUGGUGUUGUGACAUUGAUGAGCUAAAUUUAGAUGCGCGAUUGCCAAUGUCUAAGAAGGAAGUAGUUGUUUCUGACUCUGGCGAAGAUGAAAAUUCCGGUGAGGAAUACUAUGCGAAGCUUCAUCAAACCUACGAAAAAGAAUUUGAGGACAGUGAUGAAGAUGAAUAUGACAAUACCGCACAAAAAGGCACCGGAUAUACUAAUAGAGACAUUAGUAACUAUGACCCAUUAAAUAGAGAUGUGGAGAGCUCUUCGUCAAUUUCAAACUACGAAGAAGACGCUGAAGAUGAGGAGAGCGCUGAAUAUCUGGAAGAAACAGAUGCCCUUGGCAAUACAAUUCAAAAAGUCAUUCACAAAUCAAAUGAAAUUUCUCAUAGUGAUGACGAUGAUAACUUAGUGAGUGUCGAAAUUCGUGAGAAUGGUGCUCAUAGUCUAUCUUCUGAGUCAGAAAGUGAAGACGUCGAAAUUGAGACCGAAGUUGAACAUCCGGUUCUCCCUCUUUCGAGUGCCUCGUCAGCUCCUUACAGUGUGCCAGCGGGCCCUUUAACGUACGUGCUGAGAUCUGUUAUUGUCCAUUACGGUACACACAAUUACGGCCAUUACAUCGCCUUCAGGAAGUACCGAGGCUGCUGGUGGAGAAUUUCAGAUGAGACAGUGUAUGUCGUCGAAGAGGCUGAAGUGCUGUCAACACCUGGUGUCUUUAUGCUAUUUUAUGAAUAUGAUUACCAUGCAGCUAGCGGUAGAAUGUCAGAGGAUAUCGAAGCUGAGCAAAGUGCGUUUGAUAAAAUUGAAAUAUCAAAUAAACGUCAGGCUGAUGGUAGUGAAGGUCUUACUGAAGACUAG